AGAACAGAGACGACCUCGUCGCCCGCGCCACGCACCCGCGCCCGCUCGCGGCUAUAUAAACAGCAGGUCCGCAGCCUAACGACGCCACGCUUGCAAAGCAAAGGAUUUUGCUCGAUUUUGCGCGAAGGAUUCUGAGUGGUUCGGCUCGGCAGCGGGAAAGGGGAGAGAUGAGCUCGGUGUGCGCGAGGCCGGUGGGCGUGGGGUACUACUUCGGCGGGGCGAGGUGCCAGCGGCGGUCAGGGGUGAGGAUGUCGGCCGCGGCGGCGAGGGCGGCGGUGGCGACGAUGUACGAGGUGCUGGCGGUGGACGAGGCGGCGGGGCCGAACGAGAUCAAGGCGGCGUACAGGCGCGCCGCGCGGCGGUGGCACCCGGACGCGUGCCCCGGCGGCGCCGAGCAGUUCAUGCGCGCGCGGGAGGCCUACGAGGUGCUCUCCGACCCCGAGCGCAGGAGCGGCUACGACAUCCAGCUCCGCUGCGGCGGCGGCGACAUCGGUAGCGCGGGCUACCGCGCGGCGAGGCGCGCGGGGUUCGCCGACUGGGAGGCGCAGCUGGCCGGGCUGCAGUGGCUCGCGGCGGGGCGGCGCUCAGGCGGGGAGACGUGGGGGAGCCGGAUGCGCCGGGAUUCCGCUCCCGCGCAGGCGUCCUCGUAGUCGGGUCGCUGUGGUGGCUUUUGAUCGUUUCCCUCUUUUUCUUUUCUUUUCUUUUUCAUUGCUUCGAGAUUCGUGUGGUCCGUUAAGUUGAACGCUAUUUAUGAUCUGGAAAAGCAAAAUAGAACGCUUUUUCUUGCUUCUCUUA